AUGUCCAAUAACCCACAUAGAACACAUAAACGACAGAAAUCGUCAGUGCUGAACCCUGGAUAUUAUUUCACACCUGAGACCAAGCUGGAGAUACAGCAACAACAACCACAACAGCAAGAAAGUCAACAACAACAACAACAGCAGCAGCAACAGCAUUCCCAAACACACAAUAUCUACGAUAAUGACAACUACAUGAAUUACAAUUUUCCACCCACUAGCAAUAGACCUAGAGCUUCGACAACAACAGGAACAACAUCUACCACACAUCCAGGAAGCGAAUUAUCUCAUGAAAGCCAUUCCGUGCAUACUUCGCCUUUGAAACGAACAGCAUCAUCAGAGCUAGAUCAACCUAUUCCAGCCAUGGCACCAUCUUCUCCCCUAGUAAGCUCAGCCCCAUAUUAUUACCAACAACCAUCUCAACAGCAAAACCUUUCGUAUCAUGAUCACCACCACCAACAGCAACAGCAGCAAUCUACUCCUCAAGGUCAGCAAUUAUCUCAGCAGACACAACUGAACCUGCAGAGCGGAGUACCGCCACCACUAUACGGUACUAGCUCAAGUAUUCCUCCUGGAUCAACAAUGCAACCCAGCACUUCGUUUGCAUUUCACACUUCGCAUUCAACAUAUAAUCCUUCAUUUGACUCCUCCAAUUUAUAUAAUCUGGCUUUCAGGUUGCCAGAAUACCCGACUACUAGCUCCAGCUCAUUAUUGUCUACCACGGGUGGUAAACAGUUUCAACAAUCUUCUGCAUUAUUACCAUCUGGUACAUUGCCUCCUUCGAUUUUAGGCACAUCAUCAUCACUGCAUGUUUCUGCUUUACGACAACAUCAGAAAAACAACUUGUCCAUUUCUUCCCAUUUAACGUUAUUUAGUCUAAGUGGGAACAACUCUUCACAAUUGCAGUCGCAAGGAUCUUCGUUUCAACAAUCUGAAACUGGCGUGGAUGAUACCAAACGAUCUUCAAAAGAAUCAACAACCAUCUUCAAUGAUUUAUUGUUUCAUUUAACUUCUGUUGAUGGUUCAAAUAUUAAUACAUUCUUGCUAUCUAUAUUGAGGAAGAUCAAUUCGCCUUUCACUUUGGAUGACUUUUACAAUUUAUUGUACAAUGAUAGACAACGUACAUUGUUGGAUAAUUCGAAUUAUCAGAACCGCAUUGACAAGACAAUUGUUAGUCCAAGUGACACAGAUAUGACGGUUUCCAUAAUCAAUCAAUUGUUGAAUUUUUUCAAAACUCCUAGCAUGUUGGUUGACUAUUUCCCAAACAUGGAAGACAAAGAUAACAAAUUGGCAAAUAUAAACUACCAUGAAUUACUUCGUACAUUCCUUGCUAUCAAGAUUUUGCAUGACAUUUUAAUUCAAUUGCCAAUCAGUGAGGAUGAUGAUCCUCAAAACUACACCAUUCCUAGAUUAUCAAUCUAUAAAACCUACUAUAUCAUCUGUCAGAAAUUAAUAGCAAGCUACCCAAGUGCAUCCAAUACCAGAAACGAACAACAAAAGUUAAUUCUUGGUCAAUCAAAGCUUGGUAAAUUGAUCAAGCUAGUGUAUCCCAAUCUAUUAAUCAAACGAUUAGGUAGCAGAGGUGAAUCAAAAUACAACUAUCUUGGUGUAAUGUGGAAUGCAAAUAUUGUUCAAGAGGAAAUUAAACAACUAUGUGAUGAACAUGAAUUGAAUGACUUGAAUGAGAUUUUCAACAGUGAUAAUAAUAAUCCGUUUGCAUCAAUAGCUCCUAGUGGAAGUGCAACUACAGGUUCAACACCAAGGCGUGGAUUAAGUCAUAAACGAACUUCUUCCAAACAGAAAAUUAAAACAGAACCAGUUGCUGGCAAUCCAUUUUUACAGCCGCUUCAAACUUCGCAUCACCAUCAUCAUAGCCACCACCAUCAUCACGAAGAACAGUCUCAAGAGGAAUCAUUGCUGCAACAAAUGGGAGAGCAUAUUACAGCACCUCGUUUAUCAUUUCUUAGGGCCAACUCAAAAUACCCUACAGAUGUCAAUUUAUCUGUAUUGGAUGAUGAUAAUUGGUUUGUUAGGUUGAGCUAUGAAUGCUAUGCCAGACAACCUGCUUUAAACCGAGACUUGAUUCAGCAAAUUUUUCUUAAGAAUGAAUUCUUGUUGAAUAACUCGAGUUUGUUGCAAAAUUUGAUGGAUUCGAUCAUUAAGCCGUUGGUCAUGCAGGAAACCUAUUCGAAUGUUGAUUUGGUUUUAUAUUUGGCGAUCCUACUUGAAAUUCUUCCAUAUUUACUAUUAGUCAAAUCAUCCACCAAUAUCAAUUUGUUAAAGAAUCUAAGAUUAAAUUUGUUACACUUGAUAAAUAAUUUCAACAACGAGUUAAAGAAAUUAGAUUCACCGAAGUUCCCAAUAGAGAGGUCUACAAUUUUUUUGGUUUUAGUUAAAAAAUUAAUCAAUUUGAACGAUUUAUUGAUUACUUUUAUCAAGUUGAUCAAUCGAGACAAUUGCAAGACCACAAUGUCAAGUGAUAUUGAGAACUUUUUAAAGAUAAACUCACAAACAGUUAAAUUAGAUGAUGAUGAUAAUAGUUUUUUCUUUAAUUUGAAUACCACAUCAAUGGGUGAAGUGAAUUUCAAUUUCAAAAACGAAAUUUUAUCAAACGACUUGAUUUAUACAUUAAUUGGGUAUAAUUUUGAUCCUACCACAAAUAGUGAAUUAAAGAGUUCUAUUUCCAUGAACUUUAUAAAUGAAGAGAUCAAUGUUAUUGAUGAGUUUUUCAAGAAUGAUUUAUUGAAUUUUUUGAGUACAGAUUUUCAUGCCGGUCUCGAUGACGAUAAUGGGGAAGAAGAUGAUGACGAAGAAGCUGGUCCUGGUUCUACUCACCCAAUGGGUGCAACUGGAUCUCAAGGUUCUUUAUCUCCAGAACCCGUGUCGACUGGUAACCCUUCAGUUCCACCCACUAGGAAUACAUCAAUAUCUGAAGUUAACGCAGAGAAUAAGCGUGGGAAUGAGGCUGUGUUGACUCCGAAAGAAACUGCGAAAUUAAAUUCAUUAAUAAGCUUGAUUGAUAAACGAUUGCUUUCUAGUCAGUUCAAGUCCAAAUAUCCAAUCUUGAUGUACAACAAUUGCAUUUCAUAUAUUUUAAAUGAUAUUUUGAAACAUAUAUUUUUAAAACAACAACAGCAACAGUUACAAAGUUCUUCUAGUCAACUACAUGACACCCAACCCUUGACACAACAAGACACAGCCCAAGGAAUUGGCAGUAGUUCAUCAAACGCCAACAAUACUAAUAGUAGUUUUGGGAAUUGGUGGGUCUUCAAUUCAUUUAUACAGGAGUACAUGAGUUUAAUUGGAGAAUUAGUUGGUUUACAUGAUAAUUUAGUAUAG